AUGUCUUUAAAGAAAUUAAUGAAAGGAGUUCCUUCGGAAAUAUUACCCGCUGAGGGUUUGCUGAGUCAAGACAAGAGUGCUAUAACUCCCUGUCAGGCGGUAUGCGCAGACAGAUUGGGGAAAACAUUACAAUUGGAGCAGGAACAUUAUUUACUUCAGCAUCCGGAGAUAAAAACUAUGUUGGCAAUUUUUAUCAGUAAAAUGGUUCAGAUGAAUAAAAUGAAGGAUGUACUCAAAGAAGCUGCACAGCACUUUACAAGACCUAUAAAUGAACUCGAUGAAGAAAUACGUCAAAAACUCAAUUUACGCCCUGACGAGCCCUAUGAUUCAAAGUGCCAAGGAAUACAUUACAAUGACACUGAAUUAAAAGAUGACCUGAGAAGACUCAUAACAAAACAUUAUCCGCCAGAGCCACCCAAGAUUCCAACUCCAUCUUUAUCAACUUUAUUUACAGAAUCUUCCUCAUUUUUGUCCAUAUUAACUUCUAAUACAACAUUAGCUACUCCAGAACCGAUUCCAACCCCGGAGCCAACUUUUUCAGAAAUUAUGUUUAAAUUGGUCUCUAAUACGGUUGAUAAAGCAAUAUACCUACGAGUGGAUGAUCAAGCUUUGAAUUAUGACACAGCGUACAUUGAACUCAGCAAAGCAGUUGAGGCAGCAAUGGAAAUUCCAGUGAUUGAAAUUAAAAAGGAUAUAGCUGAAAUGUACUAUAAAGCCUACGAACUUUUUCAGUUCAAUAUAGAUGAAAAACAACGUAUAGCUGCUGAAAUAGCCUGGGAAAAACGAAUGAGAAAGAAACUGAAAAGGACUUUAAGACGUAUGGAUAACUUUAAAGGAUACGAGACGCCUCCGACGCCGAAGAGUGAAAUAUCUUCCCACGAGAGUUAUAAAAUUGCUCCGCCACGUCCCUGCAUAUGUCACCCGCAUUACAACUAUAAUAGAUAUCCUAAGGACAGAUUCGGUAUAUAUUUACCUAGAGAACAGAAGUAUAGUGAUCGCAACGUGACGGUGACACCUGCUAUUUCAGAGGCGAGUGAUGAAAACGACCAUGAAAAGGAAGAGAGCACAAAAUGA